AUGGCAUUGGGCUCUCUCCACGUAUUUGAGAAGAUUGCUGGGCGGUUUAAGCUCGAAGCUGAUGAUGAGAUCAUCAGCUGCCACGGGGCCGCAGCCGUCGAUGCACUACAGACUAUGAAGAAGCAAAGGUCCGAACAAAGAGGCCGGAUGACGCAAGCACAGAGCACCAUUGCAAAGUCCCGGGUCAUUGACUUUCUGAGGAAGCAUGGCUUCAGCCACACAGUCGCAGACCUCAACUCACCGAAGCGCACCGGAUUUGGCUUUCGACGAACUUUCCCUCUGCACCAUGCUGCGAAACAGAAAGACUGGGACAUGGUGGUUCUUUUGCUCUACUUCGGUGCAGACCCCAUGUGCCGUGACAGCCAGAAUCGAGACCUUUCCAGCUACUUGGGCCAAGAGGCACCUGAAAAGAUCCACCGGUUCCUGGAACUCGCCUGCAGCGUCUUGCUGUCGAGAUCGAACUUGUGGGACACUAUCCGUCAGGACUCUGCAAUCAUGGUCUCCACACCAGGCAUGAUCCUCAGCGAGAUUCGGCAGCUAAAGUUCGAAGGCAGGCGGUUCAAAGAGACCCUUGCUUACUUCAUGGCCAGCAAUGUUCAGGCCAUCGUCGUGGACGAAGUGGAUUCGCUGACGCCGGUGCCGCGACCAGGAAACAACUCGCGGCGCUUUGGCGCAACCGAGCAGGUCGUGGCCUACAUCAUCAACGUGGUGAGGAGUCGAUAUCGGAAUCGGCCGAUUCAGAUGAUCGCAGCUUCCGCCACUGCAAACUGCCAGAGAGUAUCGAAGUUCCUGGAUCGGCUGAUGGCCUGGAAGUGGAACAAGAGGCGCGACAUGGCCAGGAGGCAGACACCAGAGCUGAUCCAGGCCAACGCCACCGUGGGCCGCGUGGGCGCCAGUCCCGGGAAGGUCCGCGCGCGGGGCUCCGGGCUGACGAAGUCCGUGGUCCCGAUGCCAUCGAGCAUAACCCAUGCGGUGGCUGUGGUGACGGGCAAGGAGCAGGGCAAUUUCUUCAGCCAGGAACGGUUCAAACUGCUGGUGGACAUUGUCAAGAACUUGAAGGAGAAGGGCACUGUGAUCCUUUUCGUCCCGGAGCACGUGAAAAUGGAUGCCAUGGUGCUGAUUUUGCAGAAGGGCGGCAUUCCGGAUGUGUGCAAAUAUCGCUCCGAAGUCGGUCUGGGCAUCUCAACGGAGAAGGCCCUGGAUCCAAGUUUUCAGCGAAACCCCCGAAAAAAUCCGAACAAGCGAGCUCCACCCGCCGAGCAGGACAUCAGCCCGCUGCAAGCGCUGCAGCAGGGCCAGGAGUUCGUGGACCAUCUUGAGCAGGCAGAUCGCCGCGUUCUGGUGGCGAAGGUCCACGAGGGCAGAGGCAUUGAUCUCCCCAACGUUCGCUACGUGGUCCAGCUACAGCUCCCAAAGGCCUCCGGCGAAUACCUCCACCUCGCCGGACGAACGGGCCGCAUGGGCGCUGCGGGAACUUCCAUCACUCUCGUCACGGAGGCGGAACUCGAGAAUGCGCUGCCUCUCAUCGGCUGGAAGAUCGGAGCAUCCUUCGACAUGUGGGAUGUUGAGCGAGGCCAGAUCGCAGAGGGUGCCAAGGUGCAAGCCAGCCUCUCGUGA